AUGAGCGAACGUUACAGUUUCUCGUUGACUACUUUUAGUCCAUCAGGGAAACUAGUUCAAAUUGAAUAUGCACUGAAGGCUGUAGAGUCUGGUGCCCCUUCAGUUGGGAUUCGUGCUGCCAAUGGCGUUGUGUUAGCAGCAGUUAAAAAAUUCACUUCAAAGCUUAUGGAUGAAUCAACAGUGUCUAAAAUUGAACAAGUAACAGAUGGAAUAGGAAUGGUUUACAGUGGAUUGUCACCGGAUUAUCGCGUUUUGGUCAAACAAGCACGAAAAUCUUCUCAAGCUUACCAGCUGGCAUAUGGUGAGCCCAUAUCUCCAGAACAGUUAGUUAUUCGAAUAGCUGCCGUAAUGCAAGAGUAUACACAGUCUGGAGGUGUUCGUCCAUUUGGCGUUUCUUUACUUGUGGCAGGAUGGGAUCGUGAUCUGAAACGACCAUUUCUCUAUCAAUGUGAUCCAUCAGGUACAUACUUCCCAUGGAAAGCUACAGCCUUAGGACAGAAUUCACAAAAUGGGAAAUCAUUCUUAGAGAAACGCUAUAAUGAAAAUUUGGAGUUAGAAGAUGCUACGCAUGCAGCUAUCUUGACAUUGAAAGAAAGUUUCGAAGGACAAAUGACAGAGAAUAAUAUUGAAGUUGGUGUAUGCAAUGAAAGCGGUUUUCGAGUAUUAACAACAGAUGAAGUGAAAGACUAUCUAGCAGCGAUACCGUGA